AGGAGUUGAGUCACUUCCGCACUCCUCCUCUCUCUCUCUCUCUCUCUCUCUCUCUCUCUCUCUCUCCCCGCCAUGAUCGACGAUCCAUUUCAAACCCUAAUAUUUUCAUCUCUCUCGCUCAAUUCAAAACCCUAAAUGCCCUUCCUCAAUCCUUCAACUUUCCCUUUACAGAAAUUUUCCCGGGAAAGUCCGGAAAUUUGCCCGGAAAUCCGAGGCUUGCCCAUUUUCAUUUGGUUCGAGCAUUGGCUUCCCGUUUGAUUCAUUCGUUUCUUUCUUCACAACCCAUGCCUCGAAUUCUCCAGUUCAAUCAAAAGUUCGAGCUUUUCUUCAAACCCUAGUCUGUGAACUUCAAUCAGCGAUGAAUUUGGGUCCAAUUUACAUAAGCUCCGACGACGAACUGGGGCGGAUCGAACUGGAUGAGGAGGACAACCUUGAUUGGGUAUCGGAGCUUCUGGAACCCGUCGACAAGGUAACCGACGACGAUGAUUCCGAUGACGUUGUGGUGAUUAGUGUGGUCAACUCCAAGCCUAGGCAAAUGUCUUCGAAACGGACGGUGGCGGAUGAUGACGAUGACUGUGUGGUCUUGGACGGCAACCCGGAUAAGCCGGUUUCGGUGGUGGAGAAUUCGGGUAGCGGCUCCGACGAGUUGCUUGUGGUUGGGGAAACGGGGCAGGUAGCAUGUAGAGACUACCCUCAUCCACGACAUCUUUGUGCCAAAUUCCCUUUCAAAACUACCCAGCAUGAGAACCACUGUGAUCUUUGUCAUUGUUAUGUCUGUGACUCGCUGGCGCCAUGUGUACACUGGAGCACUGGAGGCUCCAACUUUAAUCAUUGUCAUGCCACGGAUAAAGAAGAGACAUGGAGAAUACUGAGAAAAAAAUUCAGGACACCGAAAAUUGCACCAUUACCAGCUUCAAACAAUCUGGCACCGACUAAACACAGUCCAGUUCCACCACACAAUAUUAUUCAGUUGGCACCUAACUCUAUAUCACAGAAUCAGGUCUCUAGGCCAGCCACAAUUCACCAUCGCACCUCAGCUGGUCGUACCAUGCCUAGUAUCAGAAACCACCAAUCAGAAUAUCUUUUCCCUAAGAACCAAGUCCAACCAUGUUCAGUUUCGAAGCAGUUGCUUGGUGCACGCGCUAAUGUUGUUGGGAGGAACAGAGGUCAAAAUAUUGGUCAUUUAGGCCCCGUCUCUUCUCAUUCGACGUUCAAAAGAGUAGGAGCUCUUGGGGUUUCCUUGCCGAUGAACCGAACCACAUUUGUUUCGUCAAAUAACAGUAGUUGUACCACUCCAUCAGUAUACGGGAGAACGUCCACUCCCAUGGCAACAUCAAAUGACAGAAACCCCUUGAGGUUGCAGGGUGUUCAUUCUAGUGUGCAUCAGAGCGCUUCCCAGCCCAUGACCACUUCCGUUGGAAAUACAUUGCACUCCCAACCCCAAACAUAUAGUCAGGCCAUUCCCCAAUCAAUUUAUAGCCAAACUUUUCAACAGCAAGGGAAUCAAAGUCAAAAUGAUAGCCAAAUUUUUUGUGAGUACGGGAUUCCAAGUCCAGAUUCCAGUCAAGGUGGAUAUCAGUAUGGGAAUCAGAGUCAGAAUGUUAGUCUGCAAGGUAAUUUAGGUGCGAGUGUCACAGAUUUGGAUUUUACGAAUUCUGAUUGGGUAAACAAUUCCAGUCCAAACAUUCGGCAGCCUCCUGUUCAGCAGCCUCCAUUUCAGCAGCCUCCAAUUCAGCUGCUUCCUGUUCAGCAGCCUCCAAUUCAGCAGCCUCCAAUUCAGCAACAGCCUCCGCUUCAGCAACCUCCCAUUCAGCAACCUCAGUUUCAGCAGCCAUCUCCUAUCCAGCAACAGCCUCCCAUUGAUAUUUCUGAAAUUCAAAGCACCGACCCUGUAUAUGGGCUAGGUGCUGUCAAUGAGCGGUCUAACGAAGUUUCUAAUUUCAAUGGUUUGGGUGAAGAAUUUGAAAGCUGGCUUAUGGAAACCCAGUCUGGUCCGGCAGAAUCAAAUGAUCUAAUGGCAUCUCAUCUGAAUAUCAUGUCUCCUGAGCCCAGUUUUAUAGAUUCGCUCAUCUUUGAUUUUGAACCCCCCUGGAAUGGUCUUGCGCAGGUUUAG